UAUAUAUAUAAAAUAAAGAAAAUUAAAAGCGUAGAAACAUUUUAGUGUAUCCAAAACGUUCCGAAAAUGGGAAACUGUGGCCACAAAUUCGCACAUCUUAACAAUGGCCGAUGAUGCACCGCACCCUCUAUUCCAAUUCCAACAAAUUACUCCCCACGGCCACCGCCGCCGCCGACACCACUGCUUCCCUAUAGGCUCCGUGGUCGAGGUGAAGACCGACGAGGAGGAUUUCAGGGGAGUAUACUUCUCCGCCACCGUCCUCUCGCCGCCCAAUUCUCCGAAUAAGAAGAAGUCGAGGAAGCUGUACGUGGAGUAUCACGACCUGCUGGCGCACGAGGACGGCUUGGAUCGGCUGAGGGAGUACGUCGACGCCUCCUCCGUAAGGCCCGCCCCGCCGCUCCAACAACCACCCCUCAAGGGUUUCGAUCUAGACGACGUCGUCGACGCCUUCUACAAGGACGGCUGGUGGACGGGCGUUGUCACCGGCGUGGUCGCCCGAGACGAGAGAUACGUCGUCACAUUUCCCAACCCCCCCGAUGAGCUCGAGUUUGGGCUUGGAGAGUUGAGGCUGCACUCCGAUUGGGUGAACGGGAGCUGGCUCCGUCCUCAGAAACAUAAUAUAGCAGGAUUGAUGUUUGAUGUCGGAAGAAAGGUGGAAGUGUCAUUUGCCAGAGAAGAAUUACAGGAUGUUUGGUAUCCAGCCACAAUUCUUGAAGACCUGGGGAAUCUGACAUUUUUGGUGGAGUGCAAUAGUGUAAACUCAGAUAACCACAGUUCAGCUAAAGCCAGAGUUGAUUCUUUGCACAUCAGGCCUUGCCCUCCACUUCUCAAAGAUAAAAAAUUAGUUUUAUUGGAAAAAGUGGAUGCAUUCUUUGACUUUGGCUGGUGGAGUGGGACAAUUACAAAAGAGCUUGAGAACAGUAGAUACCUUGUGUUCUUUAAGCAAAUGAAUUGCGAUAAGGAAUUCAAUCAGUCAGAAUUAAGACUUCAUAUGGAAUGGAAGGAUGACAAAUGGUUCACUUCUUCCCAGGAACCCUCAGUCCCAUCCUUAGACGAUGAUGUAUGUCAAUGUAUAACACCUGAUAACUCUAGUGCCUCUGUGGCAGCUGCUCCUCUGAGCAACUCAGUGAAUGAAGAGGAUUCCUGUGGCAAAACACACUCAUCAUCAAUAUCAAGAAAUGAUAAAUAUGAGCAGUUUAUUCUUGAGAAUCAGAAAUUGUCCCGUGUAACUGUACCUUUGACAAAAAGGAGAGCAUAUGUAUCUGAUUCUGGGGGUUCUGUUUCUCAUCCUCUUAAAAAGCUCAGGGAAGGGAAUGUAGUGGUAGCAAAUAAAAAGGAUGGGUGUGAUGGAUCAAAAAUAGAAAUUUUAUGCGGUCCUGAAAUCCCGGAAUCUUUAAAUAAUAUGGAAAUAUCUCUAGCGCAAACUACAUUGGAUCAAUCUUUCUCUGAUCAUCUAUGGGAAGAAAAUGUUCAAAGAAAGCAAAGGAAUGGAUGUACACCGCAUAAUGCCAGUGAAAACAUUAAAUCCACAUCCACCAUCUUGGGGAAGAGCGCUGCACAAAUAUUGCCAGUUGAAAUCCUACAACUUGGUUGUGGAGAGAAGGAACUAGACACAGCUGGAAACACUAAAGAAGGUGCUCAAAACGAGCAUGCAAGACGUGAAACUGAACUUCCUAUAGUCAUAGGUUUGCCAUGUGCUGAAAUGCGGAGCUCAGGAAAACCAGAAAGUAAUAGGAGUCGACCUUCCAGCAAUGAGACUUUUAUUAGUUUGGAUGAUCAGAGACAUCCAGUCUUUGAUUUCACGACUGGAAAAAUCACGGAUGGAAAGCAAUUAGGAAUUGGAGAAAUCAAUGAGAAGAGAAAGAGAGUGAGGCAAAUAAGAAAAUUUGUGCUUGAAAGCACAGGGACUGUGGUCGCAGGAAGUGCUGAACAUGGAGGUCAGAGUUUAGGUGGUAUCAAUUUGAACAGACUAGAUGAUGGUUCACAGGAACUUCAUGAUGUUGUGGUGAUAGGGAUGGAGGCAUCAAUAUUGAAUCAGGAGAUGACGAUGCCAAACCAGGAAACAACAGCUAAUGGUCAGUCUGGUCCUGGGAAAAGAAAAGUGAGAAUGCCAAAACGAAUACUGGAUAGCGAGCAUGAGGUGGCUGGUGUAAAAGAGCCAGUCAGGCUGGAAGAGAAUCGUUCAUUCAAGAGAGGACAGAUGCAGAUUACUGCUGGUGGUAGAGUUGCAGUCAAAGUUCGAGAGAAAGUUAUUGAACCUCAACCCAGCAAUCAGUUUGAUAAUGAACCACUUUCGAAAUGGAUUGACGAGAUGCACAUGUCAUCUGUAAUUGAUGGCUCAGGAUUGCUUCUUGUGGAUACAGUGAUGGUACCGUACACUGAGAAUGGUAACACCCAAGGCGGCCGGGUCGGGCACGUUGAGGCUAGUGAGAUGCAGCCACAAAGUGAAAUACAAUCUUCUAGUUUGGUAGAUACAGGCUUGCCUUCUGAGAGCAACAUCACUGGUAAUGUUCUUGAUGAAGGCACUCAAAAGCAAUCAGAAAGUGGAAGACAAAGCAUGCCUUCUGCGGAAGAGACUUCUGUUGUUUUGUUCGAUCUGAACAGUGAGAAUCUGUCAGAAGAUGAAGCAAAAGCUUCUGUUACAGUUGAUAAAGGUCCCGUGAUACCUUAUCAACCUCCCCAAAGUAUGGAAAACAAUGUAGCUGUUGUGCUAGGUGAGGAUAUAGAGAAGCGGCCAGAAAAUGAAGCACAGGCAACAACUCCCAGGGUUGAUAAAAUCUCAAUGAUAUCAAGUCAACCUCAACAUUCUGUGGGGGAGAUGGUUCGUGAGCAUAAUGAGAAGCACCCAGAAAACAGAACAACACCCGAUGCUGCUUCAGUAGAUAAGGUUGCCCUAGUGCUAAGCGAGCCAGAAAAGUUGCCUUUUGAGAAAAACACAAUUCUUUGGAAGACAAUUGAAUCCUUUCAAGUUUUCCAGAGGCUGCCACAGAAGCCACAUUUCCAGCCCUUGGAAAAUUUCAGAGAAAGUUCACGAGAAGGCUUGGCUAUAGGCUAUAUGGUCACGUUUUCCAGCAUAGUCGAAAGAGCCUCCAAAUUGCAGCUAACUGAUCCUGUAAGCAUCAUGGAUGAUAUAUUGGACACACUCUCAGAUUUGGAAAAACAGGGGUUUGAAGUCGGGCCCAUUCAGGAUUGUAUAAAUGAGCUGCUUGCUAUCAAGUGCAAGCAAGAGAAGCUUGCAAACGACACAGAAACUAUAAAUGGCCAGAUCACAGGUCACAGUGACACAAAGGAUAGGCUUGAAAGAGACAUUGAGGAGAUCAACGAGCAUAUAAUGAAGUUGCAGAGAAAGCGCUCACAAGCCGAGUCUGCAAAAGAAAGAGAGGAAGAAGAGAUUGCUUUCCUGCAGGUUAGGCUGAGGGAAACGAUAGAUAGCAUCAAGACUGUAAAGAAUGAUUUUGAAGGUAAAGUUUCUUCUAUUUUGUGAAAUUCAAGAACGAGGAAGCUCGUUCCAUACAGGUCUGCCAAAAAUUGGUUGACUGGUGAAGAAAGUUGCAGCUGUAGGUGAUAUGUUUUGUAUAUGUUUGUUCUUUUGUAAAGGUGCUAGCAUCUUUUGGCUAAUGAUCAGUAGUUGUAGUAUUGAAGUGUCGGUUUGUUGCUGAAAUGAAUGUUUUAGCACACCGAUUUUGGUAUGUCAUGGGAUUAGAAUAUUAGAAGACUACCAAGUAAGUGGUACUUUUUUUACCGUGUUUAAAUGCCACGAGUUUUAAUA